AUGGGUGCUCGGAUCCUUUGCGUCGCUGAGAAGCCUGCCAUUGCCAAGGCAGUUGCCCAGCAUCUAUCAGGAGGCGCUCUAAGAACAGUUGCUAUUCGGGGCAAUCAAUAUGUCAAAAACUAUGAAUUUCAAUUCUCUUUUGGCCCGCCUUGGGGAAACUCCUCUGUGACAAUGACCAGCGUUAUUGGCCAUUUGACCGCGCUGGACUUUGAAUCUGAAUGGCGACAUUGGCAGUCGUGUCCUCCAGGACAGCUUUUCGAUGCACCGGUGGUCAAUGAUGUAGAUAAAGACAAAAUCGGCAUUGCUGAAAAUAUUCGAAACAAAGCCAGGCAAGCAGAUGCCCUGUUCAUUUGGACCGAUUGUGAUCGGGAAGGAGAACACAUUGGAUCAGAAGUACGAACUCAGGCGGUUGGCGCAAAUCCUAGGAUUGAAGUCAAGAGAGCAAAAUUCAGUAACACGGAAAGGGCCCACGUAUUGCGUGCAGCGAGGAAUCCGAUUGCUCUCGAUGAACGCCAGAUAAACGCUGUUGCAGCACGAAUUGAGCUGGACCUUAGGAUUGGCGCGGCUUUCACUCGGCUUUUAACGCUCCAGUUGGGAGCUCUGGGCGGAGCUUUAUCAGAGCGUCUAAUUAGCUACGGUAAGGAGACGUACGUUUCUCCCCCAUUGUUUCCAUCUGACUCGGCUGUAGGUUCCUGCCAAUUUCCCACCCUGGGUUUCGUGGUAGAUAGGUACUUUCGCGUGAAAAACUUCAAACCGGAACCUUUCUGGUCCAUCAAGGUCACGCAUGCACGAGAUGGUAAAACUGUGAACUUCACCUGGAGUCGAGGGAAUUUGUUCGACAGAGCUGCAGUGGUGAUGAUUUUUGAAAGAUGCUUAACUGCCAAAACCGCUAAGGUUACGAAGGUCAACAAGAAACCUACCAAAAAGUGGCGCCCGCUACCCUUGACAACGGUGGAUCUGCAAAUGAUGGGAAGCAAAUUCCUUCGUAUGGACAGUCAGAAGGUUAUGAAAGUUGCGGAAUCACUUUACACCAAAGGUUUCAUAAGUUAUCCUCGUACAGAAACAGACCAGUUUGACAAGGGCAUAGACUUGAAAAAGCUUAUAGAAAAGCAGAUCCAAGACGGUGUAUGGGGCCAAUAUUCUCAAGGUUUGAUGGCCGGUGGAUUCAAGCAACCACGUUCCGGUCGCCAUAAUGAUCAAGCUCAUCCCCCAAUACAUCCCGUGACAUAUGUUGCGCCGUCCGUGCUGACUGCGGAUGAACGGCGAGUCUACGAAUUCGUCGUUCGUCGGUUUCUGGCUUGUUGUUCUGACGAUGCGAAGGGCGAAACGUCCGAAGUUGACAUUCAAUAUGGCGAUGAGAAGUUCCAUGCGCAAGGACUCAUUGUUCUAGAGCGCAACUACCUUGACAUUUAUGUAUACGACAAAUGGGAAAGCAGUCAAGAACUCCCCAAAUUCACGGUUGGAGAGGUCUUUGAGCCUAAAGAAGCUAAAAUUACUGAAGGCAAAACUACCCCUCCUAAUUACCUUACCGAGCCAGAGUUAAUUGGCCUCAUGGACGCCAAUGGGAUUGGGACGGAUGCUACAAUGGCAGAACAUAUCUUCAAAAUCAAGGAUCGCCAAUACGUGGCCACGAGACGUCGAGGUGGAAACGGUAGGAAUUCUGUUGAGGAAUUCAUCCCCACUAAACUUGGUGUUGCGCUGGUUGAGGGCUAUGACAACUUGGUACUUGAUCUUGCUGAUUGUCCCAGUCUUUGCAAACCGUUUUUACGGAAGGAGAUGGAAUUGCGUAUGCGAGAUAUAUGUGCUGGGACCACGACGAGAAGGCAAGUUGUAAGCGAAAAUUUGGAAAUGUAUCGCCGGGUUUUCGUUCAUACACAACGAAGGAUUGAGGUCCUCAAGAGAUCAUGCAGAAAGUACGUUUUCGACGAGGCAGAGUAG